UCAUCGUCGGUGUGCGGAAAGAGUGUUUCUGUAGCUGGCGAGAAAAUCAAACCGGGUGUUUUUAUUCAGGCGAUUCAUCCAGUUUCAAACGAGAGCUUUCUCAUUUUACCUGCUCUAAUGGCUGUUUCUGCGGGUAAAGCUGACCUUCAAGUGGACAGAGGAGCCCUGAGCGGUCAGAGCGUUUCGUCUGAAAAUAGCAUCGAUAUCGACGAGAAAGAGUUGGAUAAUAUCACAAAGAAACACCGAGGAGACGACAACUCGAAACUGCCGUUGCACUCAUCCUGGACAUUUUGGUUGGACAGGUCAUUACCAGGCACAACUGCUGCAGAAUGCGAAUCCAAUCUGAAGAAGAUCUACACAGUGCAAAGUGUUCAGCUCUUCUGGAGUGUGUACAAUAACAUCCCUGCAGUCACAGCCCUUCCUUUGAGAUGUAGCUAUCACCUAAUGCGUGGCGAACGGAGGCCACUCUGGGAAGAGGAGAGCAAUGCAAAAGGAGGUGUAUGGAAGAUGAAAGUACCGAAAGAAAACACUUCUGCAGUCUGGAAAGAAUUAUUACUUGCUACGAUUGGGGAGCAGUUUGCAGACUACUGUGCAUCAGAUGAUGAGGUUGUAGGGGUCAGUGUAAGUGUUCGAGAUCGUGAGGAUGUCGUACAAGUUUGGAAUAAAAAUGCAUCUCUUGCUAGUGAAGCAAGUAUCUUGGGAAAAAUCAAUGAGCUCCUCCCGUCCAUAUCUUUUAAAGCUGUGUUUUACAAAUCUCACAUGGAACAUCAUGCCUUUGAAGGAGGACGCUCAAGACAUUAGAUGAUGCACUUUAAUUUUAUUAUUAUUUUUUUGUUUAUCUGAACUGUACCUGCCUUGACUAAAAGACACUGUCCACAAAAGAAUUAAGGGUAUUAUCUAUAUAUUUUUAUAACUAUUGAAUGACUGAUGCCUUGUUGUUGUUUUUUUUUUUUUUUUUUUUUUUUUUUUUUUUUUUUGGGACAGUUUAAAGAGUGGACAUUUAAGCAUUCAGCAUUUUUUAUUCAUAAUGGUUUUGUCAUGUCACUGUCCCUUAUCAACCACAGCUCACACAGCUGCUUCGGUGGCUGCUAUCUGUUCAUACCUGUUCAACAAAUGCUAGCUUUUAUCUAUUCAUGCAGUGUUUUAAUUAUAUUGUAUAUUUAGGUGUUUCGUACGUUUGUGUCACAAAUGAUGAAAUUGUCCAAUUUUAAGACAUGGAAUGAAUGUCCAAACAAGUGCCCUGCAUCUUCAUGUGUUUUUUUGUGAAAUGUAAAAUCAACACUGUAAUAAUCAUUUCACUGAGUCUCCCUCAGUUUUAAAGCCAUACACAGCAGCACACAAUUCUACAGUGAAAUGUCUGUUUGAAUGCUUCAAACGCAACACAUAUCUUUUUAUUCUAAGCAGUAAAAGUACUGUAGAACUCCACUUUCCAUUUUGAGUCACAGAUCAUUUGAUUUAUUGAAGUAAAGAGGAAUGGAAUAUU